AUGCCGUCUUUACAGCGGUGUCAGCGGAACCCGACCCCCGCAUUCAAGCUGCUCAGCGCCGCCAUCAUCAUCUCCUUCUACGGAAUAUACCUCCUAACCCACGGCAUUCCUUUCGCCAGCGCCCCUAAAGCCGAGUUGCGCGAGCCCAGAGGCCCCCAAAUCCAACAUCAACCAUGGACCGGAGCGAGCGGCCGCGCCGACGAGGACAAGGCCGCCCGCGUCGCCGACGCCAUGAAGUAUACCUUUGCGAAAUACAAGAAAUAUGCAUGGGGAUAUGACGACAUCUUACCAGUCACCGGGGGCAAGAAAAACUCUAGAAAUGGCUGGGGCGCUUUCAUUGUGGACUCCGCGGGCACACUUGCGCUUAUGGGCCUCUGGGACGAACUGAAAAUGUCGGUGGAUCGCAUCGUGCAGAUUCCCUUCUACGAUGCACAGGGACUGGUCGAUCCGUUUGAGACGACCAUCCGCUAUGUCGGAGGCCUUGCGUCAUUGGUGGACUUGAUAGACGGCGGUGUCAUCCCGAAGACGGUCAUUGACAGCAAGAAGAGAGCUGGAAUUCUGGCGCAAACCAUUACCUUAGCUAACAAACUCGGCCCCGGCUUCGACAGCCCAACCGGCAUGGUCUAUCCGCGCGUCGACUUCAAGAAAAAUAUCGGCACGGGGGAUCCACCGGAGCUGUAUGAAAAGUAUCCGGACAAGAUCCGUUAUGAACAUCCAUCCAUCGGCCCCGCACGCGCCGGAUCCAACAUCCUGGAAUAUCGGACGCUCACGAGACAGACCAAAGACCCUAUCUACUUCGUCAAUGCAACAAAUGCCUGGGCCCCGCUUGUGUGGGACAAGUGGGUAGAAGACCCAGUCGGCCUGGUAUCUGCGCCCAUUGACAUAUUCACCGGCGAGCCUGUUGGUCGGCAGAAGCACUGGGACGCUGGCCACGACAGCUAUUACGAGUACUUGAUCAAGGCUGCCAUCCUGGCGCCCCACGAUCGCUAUACCUCCACCUACAUCGACCGUUGGACGCAGGCCGCCCAUGCGCUGCGCCACAAGCUCGCCACCCGCUCCAGCUACGCCGACAACUACAAGCCCUCACACCUCUUCAUGGGCAAGCUUGACGAUGACUGGUACCUCAACGAAAUGUCACACCUUGCUUGCUUCGCCCCCGGCAACCUCAUGCUCGGCGGCGCCUACCUUGAGAAGCCUGACCUCAUUGUGCUCGGAAAGGCCCUGCUCGAUGGCUGCCGCCACAGCUACGCCGCCAUGCCCACCGGCAUUGGUCCGGAAAAAUUCUCCUGGGUUCCGUAUGCCGGCCUGCCCAACGGCACCUUCGAGCCGCGCACGCCCCGCCAGCGCGCUGAACUCGCGCAGCACGGCUUCUGGCUUGCGGACGCGAAGUACCGCCUCCGACCGGAGUACGUGGAAUCGCUGUUCUACGCCUGGCGGAUAACGGGUGAGCAGAGGUAUCGAGACUGGGCGUGGGACGCGUUCGUUGCAUUCGAAAAGUAUUGCAAGACCGAGUACGGCUUCGCGGCGAUCCGGGACGUCGGCGUGAACGUGAAGAAUGGCCGCAAGGUCACGCACAUGGACGAGUCGGAGAGUUUCUGGGCGGCGGAGACGCUGAAAUACUUGUAUCUGACCUUCGCCGAUGUAAACGUUGGCACUCUGGAUGCCUGGGUCUUCAGCACCGAGGGCCAUCCAUUCAGGAUUAUUCGGACGACCGAGCCUUAG